GCAUUUGUAACACCUUCUCAAUGAAAGUGACCCUUCACCAAGAAGUGAAUCACUUAUUCACAUCUUUAUUUCUAAAAAAAAGAAAAUAUUUCUCUUUCGCCCCUGAUUACCCCUGUGCCCCACAGGGGGUUGUUUUAUUGUAUGAUGCUUAGCUGCUAAAAAAAAUCCGUUAAAUCGGUUAGAUUUGAAAGUGGUGGAGUUGCUCUGACUGGCUGAGAGUCGGAGGGAGGGUGUGAAGCCUACAGGGAGGGAACAGGUAAGCUUCAGGCUACCUUAGUCAGUCAGGAGGGAGCAUCGGGGACGUAGGAUCACACACCUAUUUGACGCAGUUCUCGUUUGCUUCAUUCUCGGCGACAGACCAGUGUCCAAAAUGACACGGGAACCCCUGAGAUCGGCUUUAUCUAUCGGGGAGAUCGGGGAGACGUCGCUGGCGCUUCCUUCAGACGGUGAUUCUCACUCGGGCCAGCGGCGCGUGAUGGAGCAAGUGAGCACUAUAAGGAAGAGCAAGAGCAAGUACAACACCAGAGGAUCAGCAGGAACACUGUCCCCCACCAGCCCCAAGAGUGACAGUGUGUUUUAUGAAAGCAAGUUCCCCUAUUCUAAUCAAAAUGGAUUGGACUUUUUGCAAGAGAGCACCUUCACAAAUGGACAUUCAAAAAUGAGGCAACAGAAGCAGGGCAUAAUGCAAAGGAGCGUCAGCACCAGGUCAGCCAACUAUCACAGGAUUCAAAAUAACAGCAUGCUACCAAACAGCCUUCCUGCUGUAAUCCAAUCCAGUACCUAUCCUGACAUCUUUGCCAAUCAAGGGGGCAUCAGUAGUACCACCACACGCUGGAGCCAGAAUUUAAGGCAUUCAAAAACCCUGGACAGGAGUCUGAGCCAACCUCCACUUACCAGCCCUGUACCAAUGAAAGUGAACAACAGCUUUCAGAGCCCUAGCAAUCAAUUCAUUGGCAGUAAUACCAUCAACAGGCGACCUCCGUCUGCCCACUCAAACUCUGAGCCCAAGCUCUCAGUGCCAAGCAGGAGCAAGGGUGAGAUGAACGGAAUGAAUGGAGAAGCAAACAUGUCUAAUAUCGCAGUAUUAGAUGCGGUAACAUGGAUCAUGCAUGGCGAUGAAAGGUAUAAGCUGCUUGGAGCCUCCUUUAUUCAGCAUAGCACAUACACAGAUGACAAGGCCAAAGAAGAGGUAAGGGGGCUAAAAGGCAUUGCUGCUUUGGUGGGCUUGCUUAAAAACCCAAACCCUGACAUCCAGAUGACAGCGGCCUCUGCCUUGCGUAAUCUCGUCUUUAAAAAUUCAGCCAACAAGGAGGAGGUGCGGCGCUCAGGAGGGUUGACCGAGGCUUUGCAGCUACUCCAAAACACUAACUCAGCUGAAACUCAGAAACACAUAACAGGUCUUCUGUGGAACCUGUCUUCAGAGGAAAGCAUUCAACCUGAACUGCUACGACAGGCUCUGCCGGUCCUCACAGGGACAGUGCUGCAGCCGAACGCAGACAUCUCGGCCAUCGGGUCUGAUGUUGAAUCUCGCACUGAGAGCUUUUGCAAUGCCACAGCAUGUCUACGAAAUCUCAGUUCUGGCAAACUGGCAAACCGGCAAGCCUUGCGUAACUGUGAGGGCCUGAUUGACUCACUAGUCAAACACUUGCAGUCUUCUGUGAAUGAGGGCAAUCUGGAUGAUAAGUCUGUGGAGAACUCUGUGUGUGUUCUGCACAACCUCACCUAUCAGCUGGAAAACGAGGCGCCUGCUGUGUUUAGCAAGAUAAACACGCAGGCUACAGCUUCUUCAGCUAACACCGCUGAUACCGGCCCUAUUGGCUGCUUUAGCAACCAGAGCCGCAAGAUCCAGCAAGAGAGCAAUGUUGAAUACCCACUGCUGGAUGAUUUCGAUCCCAAAGGCAAGAACCGACUUAUUCACUCGAAGACCUUACAGUCGUAUUUGAAUCUGCUGGGCUCCAGUCAGAACACAAACACUAAGGAGGCAUGCUGUGGAGCGCUGCACAACCUCACUGCCAAGAAGGGCAUCGUGUCAGAUGUGUUGAGUCACACCAUUGUCCAGAGGCUGAAUGGUAUGCAGAACAUCGCUCCACAUCUACAAUCACAGAAUUUGUCCCUGAAGAACAGCAUCACCACACUGACUGGGAAUCUGGCUCGGACUCCCGCACUACACAGAGUUAUGGCUCGUCAGGCUCUUCCUGGUGUCAUCAAGAACUUGACAUCUGACCUUACUCCAGAAUCUGACAGCACCAUGGCAGUGGCCUGCCACACGGCAACCAACCUUCUGAGGGCAGAACCUGAGCUGGGGAAGACGUUGCUGAGCAAUGAACUGAUCAACUCAAUCAAUAACAUGAGUCAAAACAUAGCCAUGCCGAAGACCAGUAAGGCAGCAGGAGUUCUCCUUCAUAGCCUCUGGUCUGACAAGACUCUUCAGAGUGUCCUCAAGAAGCAAGGGAUGAAUAAGAAUUUCUUUGUGAAUGAGACAACUUCAGCUGCACUCAGGUCUCUUCAGGUUAUUGACUAAUUCAUCAUCGUGGUGAUGACUUCCAUAAACGUCCAACUCUACAUAACAGCUACAGAAAAUAACUUGCGUAAAUAUACACAUGAAAUUGAAUCAUAUAUUCCUGUCCGCUUUGAAUAUAAAGAACUGCGAAGGUUAAAAGGAAAAAGCAGCUAAGGGGAAUGUAAAUGAGCUUCACAGCGCUGAGUUUGCACAGAAUGGGAAAAAAUUUUUUAUUUCUAUUCUUUGUUAUUUCACAUUGAUUUUUUUUGUUGUUGUUGCAUGAAAGCACCAUAAUGGGAACAUAUUACAUUUUUAUGACAUUUAUUACAUUACAUGGAUUGUUGUUUUGAGUAUAAUGAUGAUAUUCUGACAUGAAUAGAAAUGGAAUGAUGCCUGCCUACAUGAGAUUCGUUAAACUACAAUUUUCUCAUGCCUUUUUAUUUGAAAUAUAUGACACAUUCAUAAAAAUGGAUAAAUGUUGUAAGGAUUUGGGUUUUGGUGUCUGCCAACCCAAUACAGUUAGCCUUAGGGUGAGGUGUAAGACACCAAGGUAUUAUUAUGAAUAUUAAUGUUGUUGUUUGUUUUUUUUUGUUUUUUUCAGAUUUAUUGCCUUUUAAUAAUCUUUCAUUUGAUCUUAAUAUUUGAAGAGGGUUCCUUUGUAGUUGGUCAUUUCAUUCAAGUCUCAUGUUUAAUUUGCCUUUUUUCCAGCAGAAACUGAAUAAAGCUUUUUGAAAUGGUA